CUGGGUCAAGGACUCUAAUUUACUCUAUUUUAAACUUUAUCUUAGUUAAGUAUUUCUUUCCUGGUUGCACAGUUUGACUGAUCACAACUAUGGAUGUAAACACGCUGCUCCUUUUUCUACUGCUGCUGCUCUUUGGUUCUCAGGCUAACCAUUUCUUUGGGACAGUGAUGACUUUUACCCCCAAAGACAAGACACAUAAUGGCUCUGUCACGGUGGUCUUUCACUACAAGCUGAGCUUUCGCUCAUGCACAGAUCAAGACACGUGGAGCUGUGUCAGCGGUAACUGUGGUACAGAGAGUGUGGAGCUGAGCAUUGUGGAUGAGGAGGACAAAGAGUGGUGUCAGAGGGAAGGAGUCAUGACUCGGGAGGUUUCCAGCAAUGCUGUGUUUCAGCUACGAUUAGAUGGCGGUGACUGGAUUCAAACCAAAAACAAGGUGAAGAAAUGGAGAGCUCUGACUAACGUGGACCUGAGGACUCGUCUCGACACAAAUCAGCCAAACAAGUCACCUCAGACCACCAUCCUGCCAGCCCUACGAGUCCCGUCAAACUGUCAAAGAGUCUUCACCCUGUCGGCCUUUGACCCUGAUGGAGACAAGGUUAAAUGCAGAUUUGGAGACAUAGACGCAGAUGAGUGUAAUCCUUGUACACCACCGUCUGUUCUGACCAUCUCACAAGCUUGCACAUUGUCAUUUAAUCCUGUCAGCAGGCAAGAUGAAGGUUCAUAUGCAGUACAGCUGGAAAUGGAGGACUUCCCAAAAAAGACUGUCAUCAUCAGUGAUUAUGGUUUUCAGACAAACAUCACUCCCAGCGAGGCUCUCAGCAAAAUACCAAUCAGAUUUGCUCUGAUGGUGGACCCUCCUGCACCAUCCUGCUCAGAGGGAGUCUACCUGCCCAGGUUUCUACCUCCAACCCCAGCCAAUGGGGCCCGCAUGUACACUAAUGACACAGUGAACAUUACCAUUGUGGCAGAAGCGACCAACGCCAUGGUUUUAAAGCUUUUGUUCAGUGGACCGCACAAUGUCACAAAACACACCGAAUCACAUGGAGAAUUUAUCCUGACUUGGACGCCAUCUGAGAAUCAAGAUGGAGAAGAUCAUCCCGUCUGCUUCUUAGUCCAGGCAGAGAAAAAUGCAGCCAAAUAUCAGUCUGAGCUACGAUGUGUGAUUGUGAGCUAUCGCACAGAACCAGUCAUCACAACAUCUGUGCCAACAACCGUUCUGCCUUCAACUACUCCAGCGAGCACAACUACUGUAACCGAAACAGAAACACUGAGCAUAGCAACUAUGGUGGCAGAUGAGUCCAAAGCAUCAGGUGAUGACAGCAGUCAUGCUGGCAAAAUUGCUGGCGCUGUGUGUGGGGCUGUAGGUGUUGCAGCGACCGCUGGCAUUGUGGUCUGGGUGGUGAGAGGAAGUCCACACGCAUUCUAUAAAGUAGUCUAAUGGGAGAAGAAAGAGAUAAAGGAAAAACAAAACUGGCUAUAAAAUCAAGAGAACUUGGAAAAAGGAUAUCACAAACGUUUUCUCAGUAAAUAAGUCACAUUUCUACAGAUGUAUAUACUAUAUAAUAUAGAUGCAUAUUGUUUACUGAUGAAGAAUUGCACCAUCAUGUCAAUCUCCAGUGAACUGAUAUUAGUCUUUGGCUCUAUCUGGUGGUGGAAUGAUGGCGUGACAUACAUGUACAGAGUUGUAAAUAAAAGCUACAGAGAGCA